CCCAGUCGACGCACACGGAAAGUAACGCACCCGGACGUUCUUCUCUUCUCCUUUCUCCUGCAGGACACCCUUCCGAUCGUCGGCUCGUCGGUAGAAGAGAAAGGAAGGAGUCGGGGCCGCGGAGGAGACCCAGAUUCUCGCCAGAGCGCCGCGGAGGAGACCCAGAUUCUCGCCGGAGUGCCGACGGAGAUCGCCCGUCCUCGCCGGAUAAAGACGGUCGCGAUGAGGCCCUUUGUGAGAGCGAUCAACCUCAAUGCCUGCGCCCAGCGGGUGGAUGUCGACAAUCGGAUCUCCCUCAAUUACUACUAUCGAAUUGCCGAUAACCUUCUCAGACAGGCAAGCAUAUAUCGGGAGGAGAAGAAUCUCAUUGACCUAUACAUCAUACUUCUUAGGUUUUCAAGUCUAAUGUGUGAGACCAUACCUUCACAUCGUGAUUACCAAACAUCGCUUCCAAAAGAAAAGGCAAUUUUCAGGAAGAAACUGCUGGAUGUCAUGGAUGAACUAGAAUCUCUGAAGCCUUCUGUUCAGCACCAAGUCGACGAACUCAACAAAGGGCAUUUUCAAUCUGACACUCAAGAAAUAAUUUCUUAUAGUACAACUCCUGCUAAGAAGCAGAUCUUCCCAAGUUUGUGCAUAGAGCAGGCAUCUACCAGAAGUACAUCUCAGUUGUCACGGAAACCCUCCAAUGAGCGAAAUCUAGUGGUAUCAUCAGAUCGCAUGCAAACGGAGAGGCAAUUGCAGAGACUAUCCUUCAGUCUACCUCCGCCAAAGGAAGAAACACUAUCCAGACACUCUAUUUUAGGUCCUAAUGGGCUCCGGGGCCAAUGGACAGGACCAAUUACUGGUAUUAGGGUCCAGUAUCCCAAUAAUGCUGAGUUAAUCCAAAGUGGAAUUACAGGUGUGAACCAGGAUGAACAAUAUGGUGCUAUUACGGUAAAUGAAGGUGAUUCUGGAAAGAGUAAUUAUGAUUUGGAGUCUGUUCUCUCCCUUGAUGAUGGUAGAUGGUCCAUUCCGAAAGAAAAAUCCGGUUCCCUGGUCACUAAUGUUGCACAGGAAGGUUCUAUUCAGUUAAAUAUUAGGCAGCCAUCUCCUCCUCCUGUUCUUGCUGAGCUACAACCUGAGGUGCAUUCAAUUUCUCCUUCAAAUGUUGCUGAUCCAAGACCAGGACCACCAAAGCGUGCAUUGGAUGGAAUGCCUGACUCCAAGGAAUAUCAAGAUUUGCAUGUUCCAGUGAAGAUGAUGGAAUGCUUUUUGAGGCUUGCAGAGACAAACACUGCAAAAAAUUUAGAAACAUGUGGAGUUCUUGCAGGUUCACUGAAAAACAGAAUGUUUUUUGUGACAACACUUAUAAUCCCCAAGCAGGAGUCAACGUCUGAUUCAUGUCAAACUAAAGAUGAGGAAGAAAUAUUUGAUGUUCAAGACAAAAGGUCUCUUUUCCCCCUUGGGUGGAUUCAUACACACCCAACACAGACCUGCUUCAUGUCAUCCAUUGAUCUUCAUACUCAUUAUUCAUAUCAGAUUAUGUUACCAGAAGCAAUUGCAAUCGUUAUGGCACCUACUGAUACAUCUAGAACCCAUGGCAUAUUCCAUCUAGCAGAUCCAACUGGUGUUUCUAUUAUACGUAAUUGUCAAGAGCGUGGAUUUCACCCUCAUGAGCAGCCUCCUGAUGGCAGCCCAAUCUAUGAGCAUUGUUCACAUGUUUAUAUGAAUCCCAAUCUUAAGUUUGAUGUCAUCGAUCUUCGUAACUCAUAAUCACCCCAUUGCUCUGAAUGACAUCUGCAAUUUCAGCAGGCAAGAGAUCAGAUAGCAUAGGGCAUAGUAUCAAGCUUCCAGGAUCUUGCUUUGAGGAAGUUUGACCUGUUUAUUUGGUACUUGAUCGAUCAACCAGUGUUCAGAUAAGGGAUUAAACAUUUGCUGAUCAUUUUGAUCUAUCAAAUUAAAUGCUGAGCCUCUUUUAUGGAGGGUCAGUAUUAUCUGCAUUACGAUGAUGCCUCAGUGGUUAAUCAACUUCACAAUUAGUGAGCAUUAUCAAACAUAUUGAGGUCAUCCAGUAUUCAUGGUUUUUUUGUAUAAAAGAAUUCUGGUCUUUGUACGCCAGUUGUGCAAUUACAAGGAGUUCAUGCUUGAUGUAGCUAUCGUGGAAGCACUCACUUUGCUGGUGUUUAAUGUAAAUGGUUUCUGGCCAUUUCCAAACAAGUUUGAAGUGGCUAUUGUGGAAGCGAUCUGUCUUUGCUGGUGUUUCUCA